GGGCGAAUAAUCCCAAAUAUCUUCAUAGUUUUUAUUGUUCUAAAAACAAAAUUACGACCUCUGUUAUUCAAAUUAUUAAUUCGGGCGAAAUAAAAACGAAGGAAAACAAUUGGACAAUUAAAGAAAAUAAACAACCUAAAUUGAAAUUAAACGAUAUUAUUAUCACCACGAACGGACAAAGUAACAACAUUAUUGAGACUACAGGAGAUAAUACAAAUAUUGUUGUUGAUAAGUGUAUAUCCAGCACAAAAAUAGAAGCUAGUGGCUCACACCAGCACGGGCAGAGAAGGUCAACCGCCGCCAGGUCCGGCGGUGGUUCCUCGUCGGCCGGCUCGUUUAGUGCAGCGGCGACGACUGGAACCGCCGUUAACGGACAACAACAUCAGUCAUCGUCCUCCUCAUCUGCUGGUGGUGGCGAUCAGAAGAAGCGCCAUUCUACUGCCAGCAAAAAGAAAAUGCGUAUUAUGGGAUGUGUACUAGGCAGUAAUGGUGGAGGGACAGAAGCAGAAGAAGAGGAACGUGAACGUGAAAGACUUAAUAAACAAGUAAAUAAAGAAAUCAACAAAGAAUUAAAGAAGGACAAAAAAGUUUUGCGUGCCACUCACAGGCUUUUGUUGUUAGGAGCUGGAGAAAGUGGAAAAUCAACAAUUGUAAAACAAAUGCGCAUUCUUCACAUUAAUGGUUUCAAUGAGGAAGAAAAGCAUGAAAAAAUUAGAGAUAUCAGGCAAAAUGUUAAAGAUUCGAUUACGGCAAGUUUUUUUUUAAAUUUGAAAAAAAAACAGGAUAUCCAACUCAGGUUAUUCUAA